UGUUUAAAACCGCCAUUUCUGGAGAUUCCGGUUUAUUUAUUUAACACCCCAAGCGCUUGGUUCUUCUCUAUGGUUCCUUCCAGAAUGUCUGGAAAGUUCUUUGCUUGAGGUGCUAGACAGGAUCUCAUAUACGAGUGAGCUUUGCACGCUUUACGGACAUUCAAUCGUAAGCGCUUUGCUCGGCGACCGGUUAACGCGUCGUUUGUACUAGCGGUUUGGUCAAAACAAGAGGUAGCAGUAGUAUAAGAUAGGCGUUAACACACCAGGUCGGUGUUAGUGCUUUUGAGUACUAGUUAAAGUCAAGCUUCGGUUUCGCGUAGCCUCAUUUUUGCAAUGACCGCCGAGGAGCAAACGGCAGAAGGACACCACGCCAUCCCCAUGGAAGGAGACGACAUCACUCCCAAGAAAGAUGGAGGUGUUUUGAAGCUGGUGAAAAGGGAAGGCACUGGCACAGAGCUGCCAAUGAUUGGGGACAAAGUUUUUGUCCACUACGUGGGCACCCUCCUGGAUGGCUCCACCUUUGACUCCAGCAGAGACCGAGGAGAGAAGUUCUCUUUUGAGCUGGGCAAAGAUCAAGUCAUAAAGGCAUGGGACAUCGGCGUGGCUACUAUGAAAGAGGGGGAGCUCUGCCAGCUCAUCUGUAAACCUGAGUAUGCGUAUGGGUCUGCCGGCAGCCCACCCAAAAUUCCCCCUGAUUCAAAACUUAUUUUUGAGGUAAGCCUUGACAUGCAUCCAAGUUGGCCUUGUUUCAUUAUCAGUGUUGUUGCCCAGAGGAUUUGAGACAUAGUAUCGACU